GAGAGAUUCUGAGGAAAAGUGCUCAGUGUUCGGUUGGAUCACAUCAAGUCAGGUGGUUGAUCCUCUUCUUUUCACCUCUUUUUUUUUCUUCUUCUUCAGCUUGUAGUUUUUCUUUAAACAAUUUUUUUCCUCAUAGUGAAUUUCUGUGAUAGAGUUUUGUUAUCCACGGAGAAAGAAUGCGACAAACACUUGCCAAGAUAGAAGUUCUAUUGAAUUAAUUUUUCUUCAGAAAGUUUUAAUAUUAUUUUGUGUAACAUUUUCUGCUGUUUCUACUGGCUUCUGUGUAACAUUCAAAGAUUCACCACUUCCGUUGUACGAAAAGAAGGGAAAGAUGGCUUAUGAAAACCGUGCCUUGAACGAUUCAAUGCUGAACAUACCAUCAGAGCCUCGUGGUGCCUUUACUGGCUCAAAUCAGUUUAUUCUGCAAGUACUCACAGUUCCCCACGAGACAGAAAAAUCCCCCCAAACUGUGCUUGAUCGAGAACAUGUGCCAUUUUUUGCAGUUAAUGAAGAUGCAAAGAAAUCAACUAGGGAUCAACUUAGGGCCAUUGGACCAUGGUGUCGACAAAAGGCGAAAAAUAUCUUUCGCAAGAAGACACUCUACAAGAGGCUCCCAUUUCUCAGUUGGUUGCCCAGAUAUUCUGGUGCUGAUGCUGUGGGAGAUUUAGUAGCUGGAAUCACUGUUGGAUUGACUGUAAUUCCUCAAGCGCUGGCGUAUGCAGGAAUUGCAGGAUUACCUGCGGCUUAUGGACUCUAUGGUUCAUUCAUGGGGUGUUUCGUGUAUAUUUUCCUGGGUUCGCAUAAGGACGUACCCAUGGGUCCAACGGCUAUUGCAUCGCUUCUUACACUUCAGGCCUCGAAAGGUGUCUGGCAGAGGUCUGUUCUCCUUGGCUUCCUCACCGGAUUAAUAGAAAUCCUUAUGGGAAUACUUGGAUUGGGUUUUCUCCUGGAUUUUGUCUCAGGACCAGUCAACAGUGGUUUCACGAGUGCCGUUGCCCUUGUCAUCCUCUCCUCACAGGUCAAGGAUGUAUUGGGGAUUUCAGCUUCAGGGAACACCUUCAUUCAAAUGUGGUCAUCCAUCUUCGAACACAUCCAGGAUACACGACUUUGGGAUACAGUUCUUGGAAUCUUGUGCAUAAUUGUUCUGAUGCUCAUGAGAAAGAUCACAAGCAUUAAAAUUGGACCAGAAAAUGAUGGCGAUAAGACAACUGUUCAGAAGAUUGUUAAUAAACUCCUAUGGCUCAUUGGAACGUCUAGAAAUGCCAUUCUCGUGGUGAUUUGUGGAGGUAUCGGAGCUUGUCUUCACUCCACUGGUCAGCAGUAUCUCAAGUUGAUUGGUGAUAUUCCCCCCGGACUACCAGCCUUCCAGCCACCGCCUUUCUCCAUUCCUGCUGUAACCAAUGGCACAGAAAUUAUUCAGGAGGAAGAGUCUUUCUCCGAAAUGGUAUCCCAAUUAGGAUCUGGACUUAUUGUCGUACCUCUGAUUGCCCUUCUCGAGAACAUGGCAAUCUGCAAGGUAUUCUCCGAAGGGAAACCUAUUGAUGCUUCGCAGGAAUUACUGGCCAUUGGAACAGCCAAUGUGGUGAACUCCUUUGUCCAGGGAUAUCCUGGAAAUGGUGCCCUAUCCAGAGGUGCUGUGAGUCAUGCAAGUGGUUCCAGAACACCCAUGGGCAGUCUCUAUACCGGUGUCCUCGUAAUCCUGGCACUGCUCUUUUUCACUCCGUACUUCUAUUUCAUCCCAAGAGCAGCCCUAGCAGCUAUCAUCAUUGCAGCUGUUGUCUUCAUGGUGGAAGUUCGGGUUAUCAAACCAAUGUGGAGGAGCAAGAAGUCUGACUUACUUCCUGGUCUUGCCACCUUUGUUGCUUGCCUUGCCCUUCCACUUGAAUUUGGAAUUCUGGUGGGAAUUGGUAUUAACGUGGUAUUUAUUCUUUAUCACUCUGCCAGACCCAAGAUCUCCAUUGAAUUGUGUGCCACAACCGGGGUUAAUACUAAGUACUUAAUGAUAACACCAGACAGAUGCCUAAUCUUCCCAUCCACGGAAUACGUUAGAAAUUUAGUGAAUAAGCAAGGCAUUAAAUCCCAAACUCCUGUUGUUAUCGACUGUAGUCACAUCUAUGGAGCUGACUAUACAGCGGCCACAGUAAUUGAAACAUUAGUGAGGGAUUUCGAUUCUCGUGGACAGAAAAUUCUAUUCUACAACCUCAAGCCAUCUGUAGUGCAUGUAUUUGAAGGUGUUGAUAAUCAUAUACUAGUUUAUUAUGACUUUGAUGCCCUCGAAAGGGUAAUUAAUGAGAAAUAAGGGACUGCUUCACAAGCAGCUGCAAUAUUACGCUUCCUAUGUAGGCUAGAAAUUGUACAAAGAUUAAGGAAAACCACAAAGACCCAAUUUAUCCAUCUGAAAUAGACCUUGUAUGAAAGAUUUAUUGAAACUUUAUCAUAAUAAAUUAUUAAAGACA